AUGGAUCCUCAAGAGGAAUAUUUAAGGAAAAGAAAACAAAAGAUUAUGGAAUCCGGCGCAAACCGUUCUAGGGCGACUUUAUCCUGUAAUACCUCAUCGUUACCGCCUAUUCUACCUUCCAUCCAAGAUUGUUCUGCUCGUGAGGUGCUCUUUAUAAACGAACCCCAUGCAACGGACGAAGAAGAUGGGGAUGAUCAAAGUACUCCACGCUAUAUACCCUGUUCGGCGCAGUACGCCUUAGCUGCAAAUGCCGUCUACGUGGACCUAUGAUGAGUUUUUGGUGUGGGUUUUAAGCAUAGAUUCUUU